AUGUCUUCCUACGAAAACGAAGUCCCCAGCGACAACUCCUACGUCUCUCGUCCGGGCCACAAGAACGAGGCCCUUGGCGUCGUCUCCGAUGAGACCAAGAUUGAGGACCCAGUUGACUCCAGAACCGCCGAUAGCGACGAACAGCUAGAACGAGACGACAAGGAAGCGAUCAAUAAAGAUAAUAUCAUCAACGAGCGUACGCGCCACGCGAAGCCAGAGGGUAGCUAUCAAGAGCCUGGUGACGAGGAGGGUCUUCCCACCGACUCGGGACGCAGCCAGGGCGCCUACUAA